AUGCACAUCGCCACCGCCAUUCUUAUCGCAUGGCCUAUGAUCCUUACUUCUGCCUUCCCAAUCUCGCCUCGAGCCGCGCUCAUAGGCUCACCACGAAAUGUCUACCUCACCACUUGCACCACACGGUCCCUCACCGCCGACACAACCUUGUCAUCCGCAAUCCUCUACAGCGGCUCCGCAUCCACCAACAGCCCCACAGACAUCGGCACCGUGUCUUCUCCGCGCGCUAUCCAGUGGGCUGGUUUCACUCGCCGCGUGACUCUCGAGUCUGGUGUCUUUGAAUCUAGGAUUGCACAGAGUGCUGAUACGCUACCGAAGAGCGAGCUUGCGGGGUCGGCGGUCUUGACAGGAGAUGGGAAUGUGAAGGAAGAGUUUGCUUGUUUUAGGGACGGAACGAGCACGUUUCGGUUUGGUGGUGGAGUACUGGGAGGAGAGACGACGGUGUGUGUGGCGGAGUUUUGGUGUGGGAGCAUUGCGGUUUAG